ACUACCAGUACUAUUACUUUAACUUUACGCUUAUUACUUGAUGUGAAACAACAACCGUAGAUGGCAAAAUCUCAUGUACAUGAUGCAAAACUCAAGGAAAUUAUGUUGCAGGAAGGGGAAUCAGUUCCUGCGUUUUUCAAUGCUGUAUUCGGGUUUCUCUCCAGGUAUUAUCCAGAGAAGAUUUAUAAUAGCUCUCAGAUAUCAGGAGAACACUUGAUAAAUCAAUCUUUUUGCAAGUGGCGUGAAAAGUACCUUCUGGAAAAGUCUGAGGAGGAGAAACAUUCAACAAAAAGUAAUGAACUAGACAUACCUUUUGUUGCUGCUGAAGAAGUAAUUGCACAGAAUGUCCAAGAUGCAGCAGUUGACUCAAAACCUUGUCCUAAAGGGAAUUCAUUAGGAAAUCUUGUCACUGAAAAGAAGGCAGAUUCUUUUCCUGUGGCCAAUGGUGCUGUAAGGGAUAAUUACAGCUGGACUCAGACCAUUGAAGAUGUAGAAAUGAAAGUACCAGUGUCACCAAGUAUAAAAAAAGGAAAACAGGUAAAGGUUCAACUUGAGGCAAACACAGUGGAAGUUAGUUUACAAGAAAAAUCCAUGUGGAGAACUGUUGUUUCAGGGAAGCUAGCUCAUAAUGUCAGAGCAGAAGAAUCAGUGUGGUCUCUAGUACCUGGAGAACAUGUCUUAAUCAGUUUGGAGAAAAAAGAGGAACGUUGGUGGAACAGAUUAUUGUCAGGGGAAGAUCCUAUAGAUAUGCAGAAAAUUGAUGCUGAAAGGGACUUCAGUACACUGCCUGCUGAAGAACAAGAAAAGAUUCGUGAAUUGGUUUGGAAUAAACAGCAGCUGGAGCAAGGCAAACCAACUUCUGACAGAUUGAAGAUGGAGUCUAUGCUACGGGAAGCAUGGAAUGCAGAAGGAUCACCAUUUAAGGGUCAAGCAUAUGACCCUACCUUAGUUAACUUUGCUACUGGUAGUAGCUUUGGAUCUGGAUAGAAGUGGUGUAGAAAUACAGACUUUUUUUGGAGACUAUUUUAGUUAAGAAAUAAAUGUGUUUUUUAUCACAAUUGAUAUCUUCAAUGCUGACAAAAAAUUAAAAGGUAUUUCACAUAUACUAUUUGAUUGCAGCAGAAACUCAUACUUUGGACAUUAACUUUUAUAUUCAUAACUAAUGAUAGAAAGUACUCAUGAUUCAUAUUUUUCCCUGUUUAUGUCUCAUUGUUCUUAAUGUGUAAUAUAUAUUUGACAACUCUGUACAAAAGAUGGUUUUGAGACAAGUGAUAGUUGUAUAGUUCUUAAAAUGCAUUGUUGGAAAUUGCAGUACAAUUCUUAGAAGCAUAUUCUGAAAAUGUGAAAAUUUCAGCUUGAAAAUUGUAUACUUUACACUAAACAACAUAUACUUUUGAGGGUUAUAGAAUAGUAAUAAAUGUCAAGAAUAUUUUAUUUCUUUGUUACCUUUAGGUGGAUAGCUUGUCAAGUCAGAAUAAUAAUAAAUAGAAUUUUUUCAGAAGCUUCUUAACACAUGCAUCUGUUGUUUAAGAAAGAUCAUUGUCAGUCCUUUCUUCUUUCUCAUUUAUGGUAAAUCUUUCAUUUAUAAGCCUUAAAAUAGAAUGCUAUAGAGUAAGCCCUGUCGGAAGGGCAAGUAAAAAAAUUUAUUGGUGUUCUAGGGCAAACUCCAUACCCUUUCCUCACCGUACCUUGUCAAUACUGCAAACCCUAAACACUCAGUAUGCUUAUAAACAACCAUCACACUUUGAAGUGAAAACUUAUGCAAAAGGCAAUUAUCAACUUUUUCCCCAGUAGUAUUUGUAACAAAAAAUACUGUAUAAAUACAUAGUAAAAAAAUGCACCCGUUCUUUUUCUCUCUCUCAUAAAUGACUUACAGUUCAGUAGGUAGGUUUCCUACCAGUGUUUGCCCACAGCCUACCAUGGUUUUAUCACCAUUAACAUAUAUUUUUUUUUACAGCACCUUCCUUACUAGUUUACGGUAUUGUGUUUCCAUACACAGGGUGCAAAAUGUAUGUGUGAAUAAUAGGCCUAGGCUGGGUGUUACGCUUCCAGUUUACAUUUGCAUAAGUCAAAUAGGCUAUUACAGCUGUAUACAAGGUAAGAGUAAUAUUAAUGUAACUGAUAUACGGAAUCCAUUUAUACUGUACUAUUAUCAUCACGCUAUAUCAUCAUCUUGAUAUCAAAAACUGAUCAUCCGCUAUAUUAUAUAAGUAGACUAGGCUAAUAUUUACGUUUCUGCUUUACAAUUUUUUCUUCCGGCAUAUGUAUUGCAUGCUUGAAUGUCUCUCAUUGAAACAAGGCAAACAAAGAUAUGGUUGAUUGUCACAUACUGCACUGUAGUAUAUUGAAGCAUGGCGAGAUUUCGUUGUUCCUUCCUUAUAUCCUUCAUUUAUAGGGAUUUUCUCAUAACAUUUGCAUCGUUUUCUUGACUUCCUAUUAAGAUCAUCAGCUUCACAGAUUAGGUGAACUUCAUUCUAGUCAUUGUACUACUCUGCUUACCAGAUAUGAUAUUUUUUGCUGGCCUUCCAAUGAUCAGUAAUAGUACCAGAGAUUCAGUGAAGUUUCAUAAGUUCAUCUUAUUUACUCUACAGCAUUUGUCAUAAAGAAUAUGUGCUUUUACCACACUCAUACCACAAAUAAAGUCAAGUGUGAGUUGUUCAAAUAACUUCAUAGCCUUCUUCAUUACAGUAUAAUAUGAAAAUUAUCUGAUAAAUCUACUCCCUUUUUAGCAAUGUUGUAAGACAAAACACUUGGAGGUUUCAUUGUAUCACCUGUAUUUCUGUUUUUCUUGCCACUAGCAGUAAGAUCAGAUCCAUGUUCACGAACUGUCGAUACAGUAAGAACAUUUCAUUUAUCUUUCCAGUUAUACAACUUCACAUGAUUUUUAUUUUUAUAGAGCUAUCAUUUCUCCUUUCCUUAACAUAGCUUUCUUGAUUUGCUCAGAAAUAAUUUUCCAUGUUUUUUCUAAUUGUGUCACAAUAGUUUUCUAUGUGAACAAAUAUUCAGCAAGGUUAAUGGAUGGAAUAGUAAUGGUCUGCAAAAUGGGUUCUUCCAGUGUUUAUGAGUUUCUCACCCAUGUCAAUAGUUAGGGAUUCAGUAACUAAUAGUCCUUGCUUCUGUGGCACAGAGCCACAUUGGAUCAUGAUAUUCCAAGUACUAUAGGCUUCGGUACUAUAGUACAGCAUGUAAAGUUUCACGCCGUACUUAUGAGCCUUUCUAGGUAAAUAUUGUUGGAAUCCCUAUCUUCUUCUGAAAGGCACCUUGCCCACAUAUGUAAGCUGAAAUUGUGUUAAUAACUUGUCAAGUAAAGGCUUGAUUUUAUUCAAA